CGUUGUUACUGCGCCGACAAUUUCCACAGUAAGAGUUUACACGUGUUAAGUGCUGUGUGUGUUAUUCUGUGUCUUGCUGUUAUGCUGUAAAUUAUCCAGAAACAUGAAUUUCUAUUGGCUCUUCCUGACGUGCUGGUGCGUUGGUGGUGCACGGCUGCAGUACGUCAGCAGCAGUGGACCCGGCACCGACGCUCUACUUGAUAACUUCGACUCAUCAAUAUCAUACUCUCAGCUUCCUUUCGCUGCAUACUACAAUCUGCCAGCUCGGAAUGAAUUCGAUUACAUUAACGACGUACCUAUCACUGACCCCCAUACGCAGUACUACGAAAAUGAUGACAAUCAAAUGGCCGAUUUAAAAAGAAAUCGACGGAUGGUUGACUACGAUAACACCGGGAGGGAAGGUAACUGGCCACCAAAUGUUUCCGCCAUUGCUGACAUAGACAAAACAGCGUACGGUCCCGAAGAAGAUAAAGAGGACAAUGGCGUCAUGAUACAGAACAUAUCCAAUAUACCCGAUGAAAAUGCUCGUGAGUUCAGACUAGUUAAUGAUUUCGAAAAGAAGAACUUCAGUCCGUGGGGAGGGAAGAGAGACAAGACAAACAUCGAGCAUAUGUGGACAUGGAAGCGCGCUGCGAACAUUCGAGAGCCGAACAUGCCGAAACGCGUGCGCUUCAGCCCCUGGGGCGGGAAACGGAGCGGACAAAUGGUCUACAAAUCUGGAACUAAAGGAACCAAAUUUAUCUUUUCGACAACGGUACCCGAACUUACGCGUAUAGUGACUAAUUAUUCUCCGAAUAGUAAGAGGUUGGAUUUGCGAGGAUUCCAGUUCGUUCCUUCGGUGGACAAGCGACAUCCCAUCAAGAUCUUGGCGCUGAGUACUAAGGUUCAUGAUCGUGCGCUCCGAGAAGCCCUACCUUAUAAGAGUUUUAUGGAAAGUCUCCCGCGUGUGUUCAAGCCUGGCCAUACAUACUCAGAUGUCACAUUAAAAACUGACGGCAAAAGGAAAGUGAAAUUCAGCGCUUGGGGAGGGAAACGAUCUCCGCCCAUCAUCGGUCCCAUCUGGACUCCGGCACCGCAGAAUGUUAAGGAAUCAACUCUUGAUGCAAUUCUCGUAAUCCGAAAUAAUCCAGACCAAACGCAUUUGUUAACUAACCCACAACAAAUUUAAACACGGACAUGAGUGACUAGUAUCAUUUUUUUUAAAGUAACCGUGACUAUGGCUUCAAAUAGGCGUUUAAAAUUAAGUGCCAUAAUGCGUACUGGUUGGUAAAUAUACAAUUAAAAAUAUGAAUCCUCCGUGAAGAGGCUGGCUUUACGGAGGACGAGCUUGGCUUCUUUACUAUUAAAAAUUACAACAGAUUAAUAAAAUAAUAACAAAUUAAUCAAUUAAUUGUUAUCGGUUACUUAGUUAGUUAUGUAAAUUAAUGUUGAAGUUGUAUUGUUUUUAAAUAACGAA